GGGGGAGGUUAGGGAAGCACAGUCAGCCAGUCAGCAGGCCAGCCAGCUAGCUGGUCAGUCAGCACAGUGUGAGGGUGUGUGUUAGACCACUCUCUUCCUCAACACCUCACCUUCCUCACACCACUCGUCUCUACCUCCUCACUCUCCCAGUGCCUGCAGCGAUCCUGAAGUGGUAGAUUAAACGAGGAACUCCUAAUCAAUAAAUAACACAAUAGUGAAUUGAGAAUAGAGUAGACCAGAAAUCACUCUCCAAAUAGCCAUGCCAGACACAACAGUACCAUUGUACUGGUGGGCCCGGCCAGAAAGAACGGAAGUUUUGGUGCAGAGUCACACUGAAAGACGAGAUAGGAGGGAACGGUCCCAGUGCAGUGCGAGUGCGCGGGCCAACGUCUUCUUCGUGCUGAUUCUAAGCGUUCUCUGCCUCUUCGUCUAUGUGUGGGCGACGUCCCGCGCACCCGAGCACCUAGAGCCUGCGCAGAGUGCGGCGACGUCACGCGCACCCAAGCACCCAGAGCUUGGCCAGAGUGCGGCGACGUCACGCGCACCCAAGCACCCAGAGCCUGCGCAGAGUGCGGCGACGUCACGCGCAGCCCAGCACCCAAAGCCCGCGCAGGGUGAAGUGAAGUCACGCCCCGCCGACCAGUCAGUGUCGCGACACAGGGAGAAACGGCAAGGAUCAUCAUGCCAGGAGGACAUCUGCCUCACAGCGGAGUGCGUCCACGCUGCCUCCAGCUUCCUCUCUGCCCUCAACACACAAGUCGAUCCCUGUCACGAUUUCUACGAGUACGCGUGCGGGGGGUGGAUCAAGAAGCACCUGCACAAGACGGGGGACGAGGCUCUCUUCUACGGCGUCAUCCACAACAUCAUGCCGGAGAUGGUCGACAGUGAGCUGAGCCAGCUACUAAAGACUGGAGAGGGUAUCCCUGAGGCGUUGCUGGAUACGAAGCCUUACCGCGACCUGUUCUUCUUCUACCAGUCUUGCCUGGACGUCGACGAUCAGUCUGAGCGGGACAUGCGGCCAGUGUUCGAGAUGCUGAAGACGAAGGAGGAGUUCCAGGUGGGUCGGCACUUCGAGGCGGAGAGAUGGAACCUGACGCGGGCGCUGGUGCAGAUGCUGAGGAUGAACGGUGCGCCGCUCUUUGAUGUCAUCGUUGAUGCUGACAUCCAUAACUCAAGCCGCUACUCCAUUGUGAUCUCCGCCCCGCUCCACUCCGGCCUCAUCCCCGCCCUGGUGGCGCACUCGCGGCGGACCAGAGGCCGUCCUGGCUUCCAAGAGUUUCUGAGGGACAGGGGGAGUCAGGCGCUGUUCGGGGGCAGGCCAGACGAUGGGGUGCUGCUACGGAGACUGAGAGACCUCAACCCUGAGGCCAAGAGUGCGUCGGCUGUCAUGGACGGUGAUGACAGCCCCGUCGUCAACUUGGUGUCCGCCCACGACAUGUUUCCCGCCAAGGACUCUGAGGAGAACGCCGUGCAAAAGGAGGUCGGCGACAAGUCCUCAUCAAGUGAUCUUUUUACCACAGCUUCCAGCUUACCCACCGAGACUGUCACCUCUAUCCACACAACCACUCGUGUGCCCACCGCUGAAACCACUAUUGUUCGCACACCUACCGAACCCGCUAGAACCCCCUCUACUACCACCAUAUCCACGCAAGUACCAACUAGUACCCGCAUACCCACUCAGGUACCAGCUACCACCAGCACUACCACCCAGACAUCAGCGUCUCCCCAAGCACCUACCACCAUCACUCGCACACCAUCGAAGGCCUCCCGCCAGCCCACCACCGCCACACACCCUCCUACCACAACACCAAUGACGCCUGAGGACGAAGAAGAUAUAAAAAUGACUGGGAUCGACGAAGACUAUCCUACAGGACUGUUGACCAACGUGACGGACACCACCUCCCUUCCCCUCGUCAGCCGCAGGGACGUGUACAACAUGUUUAAGAUGAACAUGAAGACGAAGCGCACAGACGGCAUCAACAAGAUGAUCCAGGAACACCUCAUCCCCGGCGUCAACGCUGGCCUGGCUGACGACGUGGCUGACGGCGUCGGAGAACACCUCUUCACCCUCACCAUCACCUCCUUCGUCGAAAAGCUGGCAGAGAUACAACCUGACGAGCGGGACGAGAUCAGAUCACAGCAGCAAGGGAGCAUCUACCACACCUACACCCUCCACCAGCUCCAGCACGACUUUCCUCUAAUUGAGUGGCGCUACCUGCUGGAGGAACUCUUCCAGAAGACCAUUACCGACGAGGACCGCAUCUUGGUCUACUACCCCGACUACCUCUUACGUCUCUGUAACAUCAUCAGCGACGUCGACCCAUGGGUGCUGCACUACGGACUGCUCGCUGUCUACAUCUACGACGUCCUCCUCGAGACCGUCUCCGCCUCUGACGACACCGACCGCCAGUCCUUCUGCCUCCAGGCGACCAAGAACGUCUUCGGGGAGGUGAUGUCCAACAUGUAUCUACACCACGUCGGGAACCACACCAUCAACACCAUCCGCGCCCACACAACGUCAAUACUGGCGCUUCUGCGUGAGGAGGUGGAGAUGUCCAUCAGGUCCUCUGAGUGGCUGAGUAGCGAGGAGCGGCUGGUGGCGCUGUCCAAACUCCACUCCCUCCAUGCUGAGGUGGGCGCCUUCGAGAACCACUGGAACAUCUCCUACGUUAAUGAAUCCCACUCGAAGAUAAGGUUCCAGCCGGGGUUGAGCUUCCUGGAGGCGGUACAGGAGGUGUACCGGGUGUUCCGGCUGGAGUUGUACCACUUGUACCAAACACCCAUUGAGCGGAGAGCCUUCAUAUGGAGCUUCACCGUCCAGCCGUACAUCGUCAACGCCUUCCACAUGCAGUCAACUAACAGUAUAGUGUUUCCAGAGGCGUUCUUCCACCCGCCCUUCUACCACGCCCGAGGACCAGAGUACCUCAACUACGGCUCCGCUGCCAACUCCAUGGCCCAUGAGAUCUUCCAUGGACUUGACUUCAAUGGGAUGCUGUACGACGCCAGAGGGGAUCUGACGAGGCCCUUCAGCGAAGCGGCUAGAGCCAGGCUCAAUGUCACUGUGCAGUGUUACCACGACCUCCUCUCCCGCGCCUUCUACGAGGAGGUCUCCGUCCAGCACGCAAACAUUGCCAUGGAGAUCGACAGCAGCGCGACGCUUAACGAGAACCUGGCGGACAUUGCUGGCAUCCGGCACGCGUACAGAGCGUACCAGAAGUGGGUGGAGAGGAACCACAUAGAGCCGCGCCUGCCUGCCAUACCACUCUCCCCCAGCCAGCUCUUCUUCGUCUCGGCCGCCCAGCCCUACUGCGCCGUCAUCCCCGACGUGGCCAAGAUCUUCCUGAUGGAGAUGGACGAACACCUUCCCGACGGCAUGAGAAUCAACGCUCUGAUGAUGAACACUCCAGAGUUCGCCGAGGUCUUCAACUGUAGCGCAGACUCUAGAAUGGUGGCCAGUGAGACCUGCCACACAUUUUGAGUGACUGGGCAAUUAACUGUGCAUCAUAAUGUAUAAACCAGUUACUGGCAUGAUGAAGUUUGUCUAAACAAAUCCUAACACAGACUUCUUGUACCUACCUCACUUGAUGACCAAUCCUAGCGGCGACCAAUCUUCCUAGCGACUACUUAUUUGUUCAUCAUUGUGAUGCCAUCAAAUUUCACAGGCGGCUUCGCCCAGCAAAUGAACAACAUUCACAAUUUAUCCAGCGGCUGUAAUCGUUCUGCCAGAUUUAAAGCUGCGUUGCCCUUCAAUGCUCGCGGACGAAAAGAAACGCUACGGAAGUUGUACUGUACUUUGUUUUUUGGAGUAAGACAGAAUCAUGCUCUGCCAGCAGGCUAGAAGACACCGCCGUUAGUGAAGUAACGACCAAUUACAAUACAUAUAAAAUGUGAACGCCUAUGAAGCUCUGCUCUUAACCCCAGACGGAGAGCUUACGAGACGUUCCAGUCCCCGAAGGUAGCAUCGUUCUCAGGAACGUAGUAACCAACCACGCUCCGUCAACGUGCUGGAAAGUUUGGGAGAGUCCCUUGACACCGCUCUUCAGCGUUCUUCAUGUCAGUAAGCACAGUUCAACACCUUCUAAUUUAUGUAUGGCUAGUCAGGAAAAAAUGUAAUUUAACAUUUUCAUGUAAAUUUUCUAUCAUUAAAUUUUUGUAAUAAAACA